CGGAAUUAAGAAAUAAGAAGUAUCAGAACCUCUUGAUCAACAAAAUGCUUUAGAAUAGCGCGAUAGCUGUAUUUAUCAGCAUGGUAUGAUAAGUAAUUACAUUACUAUACGCACAUUAUGGAUUUAGAUACAAAUCACUCUCGUAGGACCGUAUGGAAGGGUGUACGAAGCGUCGUAUUUUGGAUGAUUUUUCUCCAAUUAUUUGGAAUUGGGCAAUUCGACGAAAGUAUCAAUCCAGGAAAAAAUCAACAUGAUACCGUGCAAAAAGAAGGUGUUGCAAUCCAAGGGAAAACUACAACUUUGAAUGCAAGUAUGAUCAAUGUGACUUUGAUGGAGAACACUACAACGAUGACAUUGACAACAACAACAUUAGAGCCAGGAAAGGCAGCUGUAGAGGAAGAGCAUCACUACAGUAUGACCAUCUUCUUCAUUCUCCUCAUAGUUGCCAUUUGUACCCUCUGUGUUCACAUGCUGAUUCAGACAAAGUUCCACUAUCUUCCUGAAAGUAUAGCCAUAGUCCUAAUAGGUGCCUUUAUUGGUUUAGUGCUGAAGUUGGUUGAUACCUACAACCUUGGAGAUUGGAAAGCUGAAGAAAGACUGUCACCAACUGUCUUCUUUAUUGUGGUCCUUCCUCCCAUCAUAUUUGAAUCUGGCUAUAACUUGCAUAAAGGCAACUUUUUCCAGAACAUUGGCUCAAUUUUAGUGUUUGCAAUAUUUGGUACAAUAAUAUCUGCAGUGGUCAUAGCAGGAGGGGUCUAUUUACUAGGCACAGCUGAUGUGGCAUACAGACUGAACCUGGUAGAAAGUUUUGCAUUUGGCUCUCUGAUCUCAGCUGUUGAUCCUGUGGCAACAUUAGCCAUAUUGAAUGCCAUUGAUGUCGAUCCUGUGCUGUACAUGUUGGUGUUUGGUGAGAGUGUACUCAAUGAUGCUGUCUCCAUCGUCCUAACAACGACUGUGUUGGAGCUGAGAGAAUCUCAGAUGGGUGGGGCUGAAGCAUUCUUUCAUUCUGUUGGCAGAUUCUGUCUGAUGUUCUUUGCCUCUGCAGGAAUAGGAGUGACCUUUGGUCUUAUUAGUGCAAUUUUAUUAAAAUUCAUAGAUUUAAGAAAGACACCAUCCUUAGAGUUUGGUAUCAUGUUAGUAUUUUCAUAUGCCCCCUAUGGUCUAGCAGAGGGAUUACAUUUAUCAGGCAUUAUGGCGAUAUUAUUCUGUGGCAUUGUCAUGUCCCAUUAUACACAUAACAACUUAUCUCCUGUCACACAGAUCACUGUGCAGCAGACAUUCCGUACCAUAGCUUUUAUAUGCGAAACCGUUGUGUUUGCCUAUUUAGGAAUGGCAAUAUUUAGUUUCAAACACUUGGUGAAGCCUGCCCUAGUCAUAUGGAGUAUAGUGUUAAUCUUGAUAGCCAGAGGGUUGAACAUAUUCCCACUCUCAUUUAUAAUGAACUACUUCAGAGAGCACAAAAUUACUAAGAAAAUGCAGUUUAUAAUGUGGUUUAGUGGUUUACGAGGUGCUAUAGCGUUUGCCCUCUCCAUUCAUUUAGACGUUGAUAAGGAAACAAAACAGGUGCUAAUCUCCACCACUCUUAUCAUUGUCCUGUUCACUGUGCUAUUCCUUGGGGGAUCCACCAUGCCUCUAAUGAAGUUGUUGAAGGCUGAAAAGAGAACCAAGAAGCGCAGGCCUGGUAAAGAGGUAUCACUCAGUAAAACAAAAGAAAUGGGUGAUGCCGUUGACUCAGAGCACUUGUCUGAACUUACUGAGGAAGAAUAUGAAGUGAACUUUGUAAAGCCACACCUAAAAGGCUUUAUGAAGAUAGAUGCUAAAUACUUGAUCCCCUUUUUAACAAGAAGGUUUACUCAACAGGAGGUGCGUGAAGGCAAGAGGCAGAUGAACAACCUCACUGACCAAUGGUAUCAGGAGGUGAGAGCCGCACCCUCAGAGAGCGAAGAAGAGGAAACUGAAUUAAUGGCGCUCAAUCAAAACAAUCGCUGAAUGUUUUGAAUCAAAACAAUUGAUGGACAUUAUAAAGAAUACUUGCAGUUUAAAGUAUCAUCUAAAGGAGUCAUUCAUUUCUGAGAUAGAUAUGUUGCAUGAGAUUUAUGUAGUAUUCAGGUUUUAUAUCAGACCGAUUCUAAAACCAUUGACAUCUGUAAUUGAACUAACAGAUGCAUGUUUUAUAGCUACUGGACCACUGAAUACUGAUUAUAGUGAUUAUGUUUAACUUUAUUGAAACACCUACUAUGAUUAAGUGAAAAAUUACUAUAACUUGAUAGUACUGCGACACUUUAUAACAUUUUAUUUAUUACUUUUUAGUAUUAUGGAACUAACUAAUAUUGUUCAGGACUUUCUUUGUGUAUAUGUAAAUUGAUUAAUGUAAAGGCAUGGCGUAGUACUUUGCAAACGUACUACAUGUACAUCUGAUCACUCUCCCAUGACAUUGAUUAAUAAUAUUUAAUCAUGAAAACCCAAGAUUAAUUAGUGAGGAAAUGCAUGAGUUAUUGGCAUCAAUUAAUAUAAGGGAUGUGUUAAA